AUGUCUAGAGAUGGAGCGGAUUUCAAUGCCAUGUGGAAUGUGCUCGCGGCUUCGAUGCGCGAAAUUCACACCAAGAAUGCUUCGACCCUCUCAUUCGAAGAGCUCUAUCGGAGUGCGUAUAAGGCUGUGCUGGGAAAGCAGGGACUUGAGCUCUACAAUAGAGUGAUCGGAUUUGAACGGGCCUUGCUACUUAACGAUCUACGUCCGGGGAUCACGGAUCAAAUUACCCCCCUGCUACUUCCUUCCGAAGAGUCAGGUAACACAGCGGAUCAAGCCAAUGAACGCCGUGUUGUUGGGGAACGGUUUCUGGCUAAGAUAAGAGACGUGUGGGAAGAUUACCAACUAUGCAUGGGAAUGAUUACGGACGUGCUUAUGUACAUGAUGAAGGAUAAAACAAUUGUUGCAGAACAGCGAACACCUUCCAUUUACGUUGCAUCUAUGUGUGCAUUCCGAGAGAUUAUCCUAAGAUUAAAAUUAGACAUGCACCCCGAAGCGAGCGUUGGGACAGCACUACAAGAUACCAUCUUAUUUUUGAUCGAUCUCGAGCGGAAAGGAAUAAUUAUUGAUCGCCCUCUCAUUCGCCAUUGCAUAUACGUGCUUGAAGGGCUAUACGAAACCGAGGAAGAGGAAGAAUCUAGCAAACUUUAUCUCACAUCUUUCGAGCCCGCCUUCUUAGAAUCGAGUCGUGAAUUUUAUUUAGCCGAGGGCCAAAGGCUUUUAUCGACAAUAGAUGCACCUUCCUUUUGUAAGAAGGUUGCAACUAGGAUUCAGGAGGAACAGGAGCGUUGCCAUCAUACCUUAUCCGCCGUUACCGAGCCAAAAAUCAUGUCGGUGAUCGACCAGUCUCUGAUUCAGCAAAAUAUUGCUGAAGUCAUCAAUAUGGAAGGAAGUGGAGUGAAAGAAAUGCUAGACAAUGACCGUUUUACUGACCUUACAGUUGUAUACGAACUUGUUUCAAGGAUCGAUCCGCAGAAGACGGUCCUAACACGCGCUGUCCAGGCGAGAAUUGUUGAGCUGGGAAGUCAGGUCAAUACUGCCGCCAAAGAAUUCUUGCAAGCUCCACAGCCGGCGGUAAAUCAAGAUCAAACUAAACCAAACGGGUCUAAAGCGCCAGAAGAAUCAAAAUCACCAGCGAAUAUGCAGACUGCCGCUGCAAUCAAAUGGGUAGACGAUGUUUUGCAACUAAAGAAGCGGUUCGAUCACAUUUGGGAAACUGCUUUCAUGAAAGACCAAGGAAUGCAAGCGCCGCUGACAACGAGCUUUUCCGAAUUCAUUAAUUUGAAUUUCCGCAGUGCUGAAUAUCUGUCGUUAUUCCUCGACGAAAACCUCAAAAAGGGCCUCAAAGGAAAGUCUGAAGAGGAGGUGGACGCACUCCUUGACAAUGGCAUAACUUUGCUACAGUAUAUCCGAGAUAAAGAUCUUUUCGAGACAUAUUACAAGAAACAUUUGUCGCGACGUUUACUUAUGAAACGAUCUGCUAGCAUGGAUGCUGAAAGGCAGAUGAUAUCAAAAAUAAAGAUGGAAGUUGGAAACACUUUCACGCAAAGACUAGAGUCCAUGUUCAAGGAUAUGACUAUAUCUGAAGAUCUUACCGCGGGUUACAAGGAACAUAUUGCUCAACGUGGAGAUUCAGAUCCCAAGCGGAUUGACCUCGAGAUGAGCGUUCUGACUAGCACUAUGUGGCCGAUGGAAAUCAUGGGCAAGGACAGCGCAAGCCAAGCUCAGUGCAAAUUUCCUAAAAGUGUGGAUCUUCUCAAGCAGAGCUUUGAAGCGUUUUACUUGGGAAAACACAGUGGACGAAAGCUUACAUGGCACGCUGGGAUGGGAACAGCUGAUAUUCGAGCUACGUGGGUGAGGCCAAACGGCAAAACUGAACGCCAUGAUUUGAAUGUCUCCACAUAUGCGAUGAUUGUCCUCCUUCUUUAUAACGACCUUCCGGCUGGCGAAUCACUCACUUUUGAAGAAAUCCAAGCCCGAACGAACAUUCCCCCUAAUGAUCUCAUUAGAAACUUGCAGUCUUUAGCGGUUGCUCCCAAAACGCGAGUAUUGAAAAAGGACCCGAUGAGCAAAGAUGUCAAACCUACAGAUCGUUUCUUCUUUAACGAACAGUUUCAGAGCAAAUUCACAAAGAUCAAGAUUGGGGUUGUGAGCGGCGGUGGGAACAAGGUGGAGAAUAAAGAUGAGAGAUCUGAAACCCAAAAGAAGACAAACGAUGAGCGUGCAGGCAGUAUUGAAGCUGCCAUUGUUCGGAUCAUGAAACAACGGAAGAAGCUAGCGCACUCACAGUUGAUGACCGAAGUCAUCUCCCAACUCGCAUCGCGGUUUGUCCCCGACAUUAACAUGGUCAAAAAACGAAUUGAAAGUUUAAUCGACCGCGAAUAUUUGGAACGUCUUCCCGACGAAGAACCACCGUCCUACGGUUAUGUCGCAUAA